CCAUUUUUCUUACGAUUGAGCUUUUAAUGGAGGUUUUCCCUUCGGCCGGAUAUUCGAUAUUUCCUAACAUUUCAAAACAUAUUCCUCUUGAUGACAUGUUCAUAUGGCAAGCAGGCACCAACUUAACAGCCAUUGUUGUUUGUAGAAUUGAUUGGGUUUUGGGGCAAGGUCUACGAGGCUAAACCAUAUAUCCGCCCUCCCAGACCACUCCCACAACGCAUGACCUCCUUUCAACCUCCUCUUCUCAGACUUUCUAUAGUCCAAAUCCCCAAACCUCAAACCAUUUCUCGCCAUCUCUGCAACUAUCUCGCCACAACCACCCACUCUGUUGAUGCCCAACUCAAUUUUCAGUCCACAGCCCACCCACCUUCUCCGGAUCCAAUCCGAGACACAGCACAAACCAUUGCAUCCCAUUUGUCAAAAUGUGCCAACUUGAUAGAAUUGAAUCAACUGCUCGCCCAUAUAAUCCGAACCCACUUCCUAGAAUUGUACCCUGCCCCAUUUCAGUGGAACAACAUUAUCAGAUCCUACACUAGGCUUGAGGCUCAUCACUAUGCGCUAAGCAUUUAUAUUGCCAUGUCUCGAGCCGGUGUGUCGCCGGACUCUUACACAAUUCCUAUAGUUUUAAAGGCCGUGUGUCAAGCUUUUGCAACUGGAUUUGGCAGGCAGGUUCAUUCUGUUGCUAUCCGGCAUGGUCUUGAAUUGAAUGAGUAUUGUGAGAGUGGGUUCAUAAGCGUGUACUCCAAAGCGGGUGAAUUCGAAAAUGCGCACAAGGUGUUUGAACAAAAUCGUUUUAGGAAGUUGGGUUCUUGGAAUGCUAUCAUCGGAGGCCUUUCCCAAGGCGGGCGUGCUAAGGAAGCUGUGACCAUGUUCAUGGAGAUGAGGAAAUGUGGGUUCGAACCCGAUGAAGUGACUAUGGUGAGUGUGACAUCGGCUUGUGGAAGCUUAGGGCACUUGGACCUGGCACUUCAAUUGCAUAAAUGCGUCUACCAAGCUAAAACAUCGGAGAGGUCGGAUACUUUGACGUUGAAUUCGCUUGUAGACAUGUAUGGAAAAUGCGGACGGAUGGACUUAGCUUACAGGGUAUUUUCGAGGAUGGAUGAGCCAAAUGUGUCGUCGUGGACAUCCAUGAUCGUGGGCUAUGCGAUGCACGGGCAGUUGUAUGAUGCCCUGGAAUGCUUCAGGUGCAUGAGAGAAGCAGGAGUGAGGCCUAACCAUGUGACGUUUAUUGGGGUGCUGAGCGCAUGUGUGCAUGGCGGGGCAGUGCAAGAGGGAAAGUACUACUUCGACAUGAUGACGACCGCUUACGGGCUAGUGCCCAGGAUGCAGCACUAUGGGUGCAUGGUAGAUCUGCUCGGACGGGCGGGGCUGCUGGAGGAGGCAAGAGAGAUGGUGGAGAGGAUGCCGGUGAAGGCGAAUGUAAUAGUUUGGGGGUGUUUGAUGGGGGCCUGUGAGAAGUACGGGAAUGUGAAGAUGGGGGAGUGGGUGGCCGAGCAUUUGCUAGAGCUGGAGCCCUGGAAUGAUGGGGUGUUUGUGGUUUUAUCUAAUAUUUAUGCCAGCAGAGGUUUGUGGAGAGAGGUUGAGAGGGUAAGAGGGGUUAUGAAGGAGAGAAAACUUGACAAGGUUCCUGCUUAUAGCUUGGCAACGAAUGCAGACUAGAACCCAAUAAACUUGAUCUGUUUGAAUCGUCUGAUUUUUAUUUUUUAAAUGAAUUUGAAUUCUUCCGUGGCACCUUUGAAUUGUGUUUCAAUUUAUCUCAUCCAAAAUUGAG